UGCAUCAGCGCGGACGUCUCUGGGUUUCCUUUGCAGACAGCCUUCCUCUCGGUCCAGUACGGUGGCCGACGGGAGCCAGACGCUGGGGAUGAAUGAAGGUGCUGGGUGCAGGUUGAAACAGUCCUCUCGGCUUUCCCCUCUUUUCAGUGCGGCGUCUGCCUUUGUGCGGCGUCCCCAUCCAGCCCUAUCGCACUGCCGACCCCAUUGGUCCCGGCGUCUGGGUUUUUGGUGCCUGGGUCGAUUCAGGGCACAGCUGGGGUUGGCGAACGCGGAUUUUCGCCUAGGCCCAACUUUGGACCGCGCUCUCGAUUUCUACCGUGUCCCGUCUCUAGGGCGCGGAAUCGGUGUUGAGUCCCGGGAGGUUGGAGGGUAAAUCUUGAGGAGCAACAGUGGUAAUGGCUGAGUGUACAAGCCUCCAGUUUGUCAGCCCUUUUGCUUUUGAGGCAAUGCAGAAAGUGGAUGUUGUUCGGUUGGCAUCUUUAAGUGAUCCAGAAUUGAGACUUCUCCUGCCCUGCUUGGUGCGAAUGGCACUUUGUGCUCCUGCUGACCAGAGCCAGAGCUGGGCUCAGGAUAAAAAACUCAUCCUUCGUCUUCUCUCUGGAGUGGAAGCUGUCAACUCCAUUGUUGCGUUGUUGUCAGUGGACUUUCAUGCUUUAGAACAGGAUGCCAGCAAAGAACAGCAGCUUAGGCAUAAACUUGGAGGAGGCAGUGGAGAGAGCAUCCUGGUAUCACAGCUUCAGCAUGGACUGACAUUAGAGUUUGAACACAGUGAUUCACCUCGUCGAUUGCGUCUUGUGCUUAGCGAACUGUUGGCAAUUAUGAACAAGGUGUCUGAGUCCAGUGGAGAAUUUUUUUUUAAGUCAUCUGAGCUAUUUGAGAGUCCAGUCUAUUUGGAGGAAGCUGCAGAUGUACUUUGUAUUUUACAAGCAGAGCUCCCUUCCCUGCUUCCAAUAGUGGAUGUCGCUGAAGCCUUGCUACAUGUUAGAAAUGGUGCAUGGUUCUUAUGUCUCUUGGUGGCCAAUGUUCCUGAUAGUUUUAAUGAAGUUUGUAGGGGUCUCAUAAAAAAUGGAGAACGACAAGAUGAGGAGAGUCUUGGAGGAAGGCGCAGGACAGAAGCCCUACGCUGCUUGUGUAAAAUGAAUCCUUCUCAGGCCCUCAAGGUCCGAGGCAUGGUGGUGGAAGAAUGUCACUUGCCAGGCCUUGGAGUGGCUUUGACAUUGGAUCAUACUAAAAACGAAGCUAGUGAAGAUGGAGUGAGUGACUUGGUUUGUUUCGUUAGUGGUUUGCUUCUUGGAACAAAUGCAAAAGUCCGGACUUGGUUUGGAACUUUUAUCCGAAAUGGACAGCAGAGAAAAAGAGAGACCAGUAGUUCUGUCCUUUGGCAAAUGAGAAGGCAGCUUCUUCUGGAGUUGAUGGGCAUUCUUCCCACAGUAAGAAGUACCCGCAUUGUGGAAGAAGCUGAUGUGGAGAUGGAGCCCAAUGUGUCUGUGUAUUCGGGGCUGAAAGAAGAGCAUGUUGUGAAAGCCAGUGCACUCUUACGUCUGUACUGUGCUUUGAUGGGGAUCGCUGGACUCAAACCAACUGAGGAAGAAGCUGAGCAAUUACUGCAGUUGAUGACAAGCCGUCCUCCUGCUACACCGGCUGGGGUUCGCUUUGUUUCGCUUUCCUUUUGUAUGCUACUGGCCUUUUCUACACUUGUCAGUACACCUGAACAGGAGCAGCUGAUGGUAGUGUGGCUCAGUUGGAUGAUAAAAGAAGAAGCUUAUUUUGAAAGUACAUCUGGUGUCUCUGCUUCUUUUGGGGAGAUGUUGUUAUUGGUUGCUAUGUACUUUCACAGCAACCAGCUUAGUGCUAUCAUUGACUUGGUCUGUUCCACUUUGGGGAUGAAGAUUGUAAUUAAGCCAAGCUCCUUGAGCAGGAUGAAGACUAUCUUCACACAGGAAAUUUUUACUGAGCAGGUUGUUACAGCUCAUGCUGUUCGGGUCCCUGUCACCAGCAACCUGAGUGCCAACAUUACUGGAUUUUUGCCCAUUCACUGUAUUUACCAGCUUCUCAGGAGUCGUUCCUUUACCAAGCACAAAGUGUCAAUAAAAGACUGGAUUUAUAGACAAUUGUGUGAAACUUCUACCCCACUCCAUCCUCAAUUACUUCCUCUGAUUGACGUGUACAUAAAUUCCAUACUUACUCCAGCAUCUAAAUCUAAUCCAGAAGCCACAAAUCAGCCAGUCACGGAACAGGAGAUCCUCAGUAUUUUCCAAGGAGUCAUUGGGGGUGAUAAUGUCCGCCUUAAUCAACGUUUCAGUAUCACAGCACAGCUUUUGGUGCUUUAUUAUAUACUGUCUUAUGAGGAAGCUCUCCUAGCAAACACGAAGACUUUAGCUGCCAUGCAAAGAAAGCCCAAAUCAUAUUCGUCUUCUUUAAUGGAUCAGAUUCCUAUCAAAUUCCUUAUUCGACAGGCUCAAGGGCUGCAGCAAGAGUUGGGAGGGUUACAUUCUGCUUUACUACGUCUCCUUGCAACUAAUUACCCACAUUUAUGCAUUGUGGAUGAUUGGAUCUGUGAAGAAGAAAUCACAGGAACUGAUGCCCUAUUAAGGCGAAUGCUACUGACCAAUAAUGCUAAAAACCACUCUCCUAAACAACUCCAAGAAGCAUUUUCAGCUGUCCCAGUAAGUCACACACAAGUGAUGCAGAUUCUAGAACACUUGACUCUGCUCUCGGCCAGUGAACUUAUACCGUAUGCAGAAGUAUUAACAGCCAAUAUGAACCAGCUGUUGAAUUCAGGGGUUCCACGGCGAAUUCUUCAAACGGUCAAUAAACUAUGGAUGGUUCUUAAUACUGUGAUGCCUAGAAGGCUGUGGGUAAUGACAGUUAAUGCACUUCAACCUUCAAUAAAGUUUGUACGACAGCAAAAGUAUACUCAAAAUGACCUGAUGAUAGAUCCUCUCAUUGUCCUAAGAUGUGAUCAGAGGGUACACAGAUGCCCCCCACUGAUGGAUAUCACUCUUCACAUGUUGAAUGGAUACCUUCUUGCAUCCAAAGCCUAUCUUAGUGCUCAUCUGAAGGAAACAGCAGAGCAAGAUAGGCCUUCUCAGAAUAAUACAAUAGGUUUAGUUGGGCAAACUGAUGGCCCAGAAGUUACCAGAGAAGAAUUGAAAAAUGCAUUACUGGCUGCUCAGGAUAGUGCAGCUGUCCAGAUUCUCUUGGAGAUUUGCUUACCUACUGAAGAAGAGAAAGCAAAGAGUGUCAAUCCAGACAGCUUGCUAAGGAAUGUUCAAAAUGUUAUUACUACUAGUGCUUCAAAUAAGGGAAUGGAGGAAGGAGAAGACAAUUUGCUCUGUAACCUUCGAGAAGUUCAGUGCCUUAUCUGUUGUCUGUUACACCAGAUGUACAUUGCUGAUCCCAACAUUGCUAAACUUGUUCACUUUCAGGGUUAUCCAUGUGAACUUUUACCUCUGACAGUCGCAGGUAUUCCAUCUAUGCACAUUUGUCUGGAUUUCAUACCCGAGCUUAUUGCACAGCCAGAACUUGAAAAACAGAUUUUUGCUAUCCAGCUGCUUUCUCAUUUAUGUAUCCAGUAUGCGUUACCAAAGUCGCUCAGUGUAGCUCGCUUAGCUGUGAAUGUCAUGGGAACUUUGCUAACAGUUUUAACGCAGGCUAAGCGUUAUGCUUUUUUCAUGCCAACUCUGCCAAGUUUGGUCUCUUUUUGUCGAGCAUUUCCUCCAUUGUAUGAGGAUAUUAUGUCUUUGCUGAUCCAAAUAGGGCAAGUCUGUGCCUCUGAUGUUGCCACUCAGACAAGAGACAUUGAUCCAAUUAUUACACGUCUUCAACAAAUAAAAGAGAAACCAAGUGGAUGGUCUGGAAUCUGUAAAGAUCUAUCGUAUAAAAAUGGAUCUGGGGACACUGGAAGUAUGGAUCCUGAUGUACAGCUCUGUCAUUGUAUUGAAAGCACAAUAAUUGAAAUAAUAAACAUGAGUGUUAGUGGAAUUUAAAAAAAAAGUAAAGAAAAAAGAAGCCUAUUGCUGCAUAUACUCAAUACAAAUUUGCAUCUUACAACAACUCUAAACUGAAUGGGAACAGUAACGUCUUGGAAUCAUUAAACGAUUCAGUUCAACAUGAAUAUAAUUUAGAACUCUCUUAAGAAUUAUGCUUGCUUGUAUUUGAUUGGCAGUUCUUUGGAUCUACUUUGCUGUAUGUUUAUAUUGUAGCAGCAGAGCUUUUUUUUUUUUUU